AUGAGAAUUGAACUGCAUCACCAUAUUAGACGCAAUCCUGAACCAGAAGGCGACGGCACAAUCACAAUCAAUGCAAAAGUCUUCGGUUAUAAUCCGACUUUUACGGCUUCGUCGUUUAUGGAAGAAUUCAUCCACGAAGAUGACGAGAAGUGUCAAAGCAAAGAAGAACUGAACUAUUUCUUGAUGGAAUCAGGAAUUAGCGACGAUGAUAUUUACGAUGCGAUAACAAAGCUAAUCUUCUAUGUUGACGAAGUUACUUCUUCCGCAAGUUAUAACUCUUCUCCGGAAUAUGAUUUGUUAGUGUCCUUGCUUCUUAUUCCUAACUCUCGCAGUGAAGAAGCGAUUCAGAUUGAAGAAGCGGUUCGAGUCUCGUUCCACGAAACCAACAAUUUCCCUUUGAGACCCGCAAGCAAGCUCGUGGUCAAGUCCUUACCCAGGAAAAUAUACGACAAGGUUAGUUCUACUGGCGAGACGACGUGCGCUAUUUGUUUGAAAGAGUUUAUUAACGGUGAAAGUAGAGUUAUGAAUUUACCUUGUGGUCAUGACUUUGACGAUGAGUGUCUCCUAACGUGGUUUGAGACCAAUCACACUUGUCCACUGUGCCGUUUCAAGUUGCCGUGUGAAGAUCAACAUUGA